GCCAUAUACCGGCCACUGUCCCGUCCCCAAAACCUCGCUGAUCGCAAGGGAAAAUAUAAUUAUGAAUGGCAUGACCAGCGAUGCGAAACAGCAACGGCAGCAGCAGCAGCAAAAGAACGGGAAGACAAGCCCUUGACCGCUUUCUUCUAUUCGCUUCAUUGGGAGAAAGUGGAGAGUUUAUUUUUGAAUUUUAAUGAAUUGGUGAGGAAAGAGAGAAGACGAGAAUAUGAAUACCAGAGCACGGAUUGCGGAAAAUGGACUGCGAGAAGUACCGAAGCACGAUAAAAUGGAAGAGAAGAAGAUGGUGGCCGUGGAUAGGAGUACAGAAACCAAUUCAAGGAAUGGCCCAAAGAGAUGCUUGUGGAGGAGAGAGAAGAAAAUUGCUUUGGAACAAGCUGUUGAUAAGCUGAGAAAGAAGCUUAGGCAUGAAGAAAAUGUGCACAGAGCAUUGGAAAGAGCUUUUACUAGGCCCUUGGGUGCUCUCCCUCGCCUACCUUCUUACCUUCCAUCAUAUACAAUAGAACUUCUUGCUGAAGUAGCAGUGUUGGAGGAGGAGGUGGCUAGGCUCGAAGAUAAAGUCAUUAAUUUUCGGAAAAAUCUUUAUGAGGAGGCCAUCUAUAUUUCCUCAUCCCAAAAAGCCAUGCAGAAUGGAUUUGAUUUGACCAUUAAUGGAUUCCCUUCAUCAAAAACAAGAAAUUCAGAACAUACCAAAGCCCAUUCCCCAUUAAUCCAUCCUAGUGCUUCUGCGAUCAGCAACCUAACUCCUUGUUUCAACCGAUUCACGAAUGGCAAGCAGCUUCCAAAAAAAUUCAUUUUUUCCUUAGAUGAGGACCAUAUGGGGAAAGAGAAUCAGUCAAAUAAGCUUCCCGCAGGGAAUUUAGCGCAAUCUCCAAUAAAGAAUGCUUCAAGAAUUCCGAUUUCUGAGACGGUUGACAGGGAAAUCAUGGCCCGUGGCAAUCAUGGUUGCUUAAAUCGAAUGGCAUGCGAAGAGGCAACCGGUGCUAACAAAUUAUCAGAGGAAAUAUUGAGAUGCCUUAUUCGCAUUUUCGCAAGGCUUGGGUCGCCAAAGAACACAAGUGCAGCGGGGAACGAGAUGUGCCCAUCAGUAUCAGGCUCUUGUGAUACUUACUACGAGGAAUUAGGCUUUCGAGACCCUUACAAUGUCUGCAAACAAUUUGGAAGAAGGGACAUUGGACCAUACAAACUUCUACGUGAAGUGGAUUCGGGCUCGAGUGAAGUAAAUUGUAUAUCAAAACUUUCAUUUUUAACUCGUGGACUGAAGCUUCUAUUCCGAAAACUUUCUUCAGUCGAUAUUUCAGAGCUCAUUCAUCAGGAAAAACUUGCAUUCUGGAUGAAUAUCUACAAUUCAUGCAUGAUGAAUGCAUAUAUAGAGAAUGGUAUUCCAUCCACUCCAGAGAUGGUCCUUGCAUUGAUGCUGAAGGCAAAGGUGAAUGUUGGUGGGCAUUUGUUCACUGCAAUGACUAUUGAGCACCUCGUGCUUAGAAUUCCUUACAACUCAAAGCAUAUUUCACCAAAAGGUUUCAAAAGUAGUGAGGUGACAAGGAGCAGCCUAUUCGGUUUAGAUUGGCCGGAACCAUUGGUUACAUUUGCACUUUCGUGUGGAAGUUGGUCCUCCCCUGCGGUGAGAAUCUACACUGCGUGUCAAGUAGAGACGCAGUUAGAAGAAGCUAAGAGGGAUUACUUGCAAGCUGCCAUCGGUUUAUCAAAAUCAAACAGAUUGGCAAUACCAAAGCUCCUUGAUUGGUACAAGUUAGAUUUUGCAAAGGACAAUGAGUUGCUUCUGGACUGGAUUUUCUUGCAGCUCCCAACUGAAAUGAGAAAAGAAGCUGUUAAAUGUGUUGAAAUGUGUAGGAGAACUGCGGUUCCCCAGCCAAUACAGGUGCUUCCAUAUGAGUUCAGAUUCAGGUAUCUUUUAACAUUAUAAUGGCCUCUCUUUUGUUCUCAUAAUUUUGUACACAUUUUUAAUGUAGAACAGGAAAAAAAUUAGUAAUCAGUGAUUUUUUUAUGA